AUGAAGAUUAAUAGAAAAUUACAAAUAAUUAUAACAUUUCAAAUUUAUAUGUUCAGCUUUAUACAAAUUAUAAGGAAAUUGAUAUUAAGCUUACUAAGCAUAUUGUAAAUGUAGAGUUAAUCUAUAUAUAAGAUUAAAUCGAUAUCUUAUUCAAUUAAGCUCCUUUUGUAAAUAGAAUUAUUUUUUAUCUUGACCACUUAAUUUUAAGAAUUUUUUUUAAUGAUUAAAUUCCAGAUUAUAGAUGUGGCUGCAAAGACUUAUAAAGCUUAUACAUCAUCCUAGCAAUCCUCUGUUAACUUUAAAUUCUUCACUAACUACAGAUUAGGUGAGAAUAAGAAGCUGAGAAUUUUUGAUUUUUUUGAAGUUGUUAUUUUUUGUGAGAAAGAGAGGAAGUUCAUUAUUACUAGAUUAAAUGAAUAUAAUGAAAUUGAAAUUCAUUGUGCUUCUAUUGAUCUCAUUUAGCAAAAACUUAAAGACUAAUACAUUUCCGAUUCCUCUAUAGUAUAGAUUGACAGUAUUUAAAAAGAAUGCAUAGAGUUAAAUGGGGAGCAGAAAUUCCAAAAGAUAGUUUCGGUCAAUGUUAAAAAUGACCAUUUCAUAAUAGUCCUGAUUGAUCGAUUAUUAGCGUACAGUCUUUAUUCAAUAUGUGGAAAAUCAAAUGAAAAACCAACUCCUCUAGCACAAAUUAUGUUCAAUCCAAUUUUGGUCUCUAACAGACCUUAUAUCUCAAGUUAUGACGAAACAAAGCUCUAUUUAUUCUAAAGGAAUGGCAGAUACACCAAUAAAAAUAAUCUGAUAACUAUAAAUUACAAAGUUAUAGACUGUUAGCAUAGUGAUAAAGCAUAGUUAAAUUCAAAAUUUUCAUUCUCAAGUCCCAUAGUGGCUUAAAGUACAGAGACCAUGUUAUCAUAUAUUUAAGAAGUAAAAAUUAGAGAGAAAAAUAUUUUCAAGAUGAAGAUUUACACAGAAUUUUAGAAGAAAUAUUUCAAAUAAGUAAUUAUUUUUGAAAUUGGACAACCUGUGGCUAUUAAGAGCUCAAAAGAAGUUUAAAAACAACCUGAGGAAGGUCAAAUCGAAAUAUUUUGAGAAAAAUCAGCAAAUAAAUAAAGAUUUAAGUUUGAGAAAGCCUAUAUAUAUCUACACUUUAUCAAUUCUCCUUUGUUAA